UAGCGUUACGAACAAAGAAUCCAACACGCUGAUGGACUUGGUCUCAAGGAAGAGCAACUCCCUUCUCACUCACCACCAUCCUGGUGUAUCCAUCACAAAGACAAGCGGCCGUUCACACAUCUAAAAACUCCCUCACGAGAGAAGCUGCCGCAAGACACUUUCGAAAUGGCUGUGACGGCUCACGAUGCGCCUACGCGCCUCCACCACCAGCAAGAGAGUGUGGCUCCUUCAGCCUAUCCAUUGGACGCAAAGAGGCGCAAGCUUCGAGUCGCCAUCAUCACAGAGAACUUCUUGCCCAAGGUAGACGGUGUUACGCGUACGCUUGCGCGCCUGCUCGAGCAUCUCAAUGCGGAAGGCCACGAAGCCAUCGUAUUCGGACCCGAGACUGGCAUGACAAGCUAUGCUGGACACCCUGUCGUCGGCACUUUUGGUUUACCGCUGGUCAUCUAUCCCGGACUCAAGCUCAACUUCUUGAGACCACGUUUCAUUCGGAGGCUUCAGCAAUUUAAGCCAGACGUGAUUCACUUCGUCGAUCCAAUCUGGCUCGGCGCUCAGAUGCUGCCCGUCGUCCAGAAAUGGUUGCCGUUGGUGCCGUGCGUCUCGUCCUAUCACACCAACCUGCCCACUUAUGCCACCCUCUUUGGCAUGCCAUGGCUCGAGGCGACAAUGUGGAAGCUCACGAGGAGCUUGCAUGACCGCUGUGAGAUGGUCUUUUGCCCGUCUGAGAGCACCAGGCGCAUGCUGCAAGGCAAAGGCUUCUCCAAUGUCAAGAUUUGGAGCAGAGGUGUCGACACGGAGAUCUUCAACCCUCAAGCGAGAGAUGACAAUCUGCGCGCAAGUUGGGGCUGCACACCAAAGCCAGACAAUCUCGUGGCGCCCCUCACUCCCUCGAUCUCCAACACAGGCGACGAAGCUGCCCUCGUGCAGCUCGCUGCCAAGCUCGGAGUCAGCGUGCGCCUGCCCAUCACGAGGCGCAGUCUUAGCGCGAGUCCGGAUGAUGAAAGCUUCAUCCGCACGCCACCAACAGGUCCAAGCCUUGCCGGCAGUCCCGAGCUCUCUCCCCCGCCCUCCUACGACAGCCUCGCUGGCAUUCCAGAGCUCGAGAGCGCCAACUUUGCCUUGCCUCCGCCGGCUAUGCCAACGCCCAGUGCCAAGCCAGCAGCCACCGCUCCUCCACAGCAAAACCUGCAUCCCGCUGAAAGCCGCACGGUCAUCCUUUACGUGGGUAGAAUAUCCUGGGAGAAGAAUUUGCGUCUCUUGAUCGAAGCUUUCAAGUUGCUACCGACGGCCGUUCGAAGCAAUGCCAAACUAGUCUUCGUCGGGGAUGGCCCUGCGCGCGGUGAGCUCACGCGCGUUUGCAGCAGGCUCGGACUCGACGCCAGUUUCAUGGGUCAUCAAAAGGGAAAGCGCUUGGCCGCAAUGUACGCCAGCGCUAGCGUAUUCGCUUUCCCCAGCUUCACCGAGACCUUCGGUCAAGUCGUUCUGGAAGCUCUUGCGAGCGGGCUGCCAGUGGUCGGUUUGCACGCAGAGGGAACUUCUGACCUCGUCACCCACGGACGCACCGGCUUAUUGCUCGACGUGGCUGCCGCCGCAAAGUCCGCAAGCAGCAGCGCCUCGUCCGCACUGGGCAACGGCAAGGAGGCAGCUUCGGGCGCCAUCAGCGCCCCCGCUUCGCCUCGAUUGACUGCUUUGCGAGCUUCAGCAUCGACUGCCAGCCGAUCCGAUGUGUCGGCAAGCACUGCCAUUGCAGACUUUGCUCAAGCAGCAUCCACCGCUGCCGCAAAAUUGCGACCCGCGUACGAGCGAAGCGGCUCUUCGUCUUCUCUCACUGGUGUUCUUUCUCGCAGCUCCAGCAGCGCUAAUGCAGUCCCCUUGGCCCCGACAUCUGGUCUUGCAACCCCAAUCCCAUCGGUCGGCGACUUUGCGGCUGCAAUGUCCACAUCUUCCGCCGCUUUUGCCGCCUGCGCUCGCAGUUACAGCAUGCUCCUCGAGCGUCUCAUCAGGGACAGAGCGCUCAGAGCUGCGAUGGGCCAGCGUGCUCAAGUCGGGGCUUCGCGCAAGACGUGGUGGGACGCUAUGGACGCCGUCGUUCAGGGCUACGAAGAAGUGGUGGAGAAGGCCGGGAUCUACAGACUUUCCGACGAGGAGCUCGAGGAGCUGAGGGCGCGACAGCAGCGCAACGCGCCUCUCACCGGCCCGAUAGUAAAGAUGUGCAUUGUCCUUUAUCUAGCUCUUUUCCUUUUCAUCUGGACCGCUUUCUUGGGAUAGACUCUUCAUAGACCGACCCGCAAAGCUCCAGCCAGCCACGCCGCCAAGCCUUCCGCAUACCCUUCUGUCGAAUCUCGAUCAUUGGGAUAAGACAACUUUGCAUGUCACGUUCGAUUCUUUCACGACACUCAGUUCCACGAAAUGUAUGCGUGCAUUGUAGACAAAGGUAUCGCUCUUCGCGCAGUACAUUAUCGAAGAUGAUUCGAGACAUUGUGCCUGUUUGUGAGCGCAGAUACCG